CUACGACUUUGCGGGCAAGUUCGGCUGGCACGACGCCAACUUCAUCAUCCACCCGGAGAACUUCUUCGUAGGUCGCCCGUCUCGUCCCAAGAGAAAGAGGAGGGGUGUAUUUUCACGGUGGAACGCUGUCGAACUGACCUUUGGUUGAACCAACCUCUCAGAUGGCCGCCAAGAUAACCCGCGACGGGCUGUACCGCAUCACGUACGGCGAGACGCCGGGCCUCUCGCGGGACGAGUACGUGGCGCGGCAGCCGUGGAAGUUCGAGACCAUGCUGCCGGGCCACCCGAAGCCGGACGAGUACAAGGUGAUCAACCUGUCGCCGUACCGGAUGCACCAGCGGUGCGCGCCCAAGUUCCGCGUCGGCCGGAUCCUGCUGGCCGCCGACGCCGCGCACCUGUGCAACCCCUGGGGCGGCCUGGGCAUCACGGGCGGCUUCGUCGACGUCGGCGGCCUGUACGAGUGCCUGGCCGGCAUCUGGGACGGCAAGGCGGACGAGUCGAUCCUGGACAUCUACUCGGAGAAGCGGAUCGAGAAGUGGAAGACCAUCAUCAACCCCAUCUCGUCCGAGAACUUCCGCCGCGUGUCCGACAAGGACCCGGCCACCCGGUUCGAGAGGGACGAGUUCAUGCAGCAGGUGAAGAGGGGCGAGACCGACCGCGCGUACCUGAAGGAGCUGCUGCUGGCGCCGAUGGAGGUGCGCUAUGACUUUGCGCAGCACUACAAGAAGACGGAAUGAGGUGGGCGGGAUCGGCAUCGGGCAGGAUUUGUACCCUUUUCUGUCGUUCUGGGGGCGAGAGCGGAAUUGUCGCGUGAAAGCGGGAAUGGCCUACUUCGAAUCGAGGCGACGGUAUGCGCAACAUUCCGUGUUGAAUCUGGUCCUCGUCGCCUCCGAUCCCCCACAUCGUCUGCGAUUGCCUUCCAAUUUUCGCACUCCAGGAACCGUAGCCUAGAACCACCAUACCCCACAAG